AUGUUACCGAAUGCGGAUUUAUUUCCUCUUCACAGGAUAGAUCGAUUAACUUCUGGAGUUUUAAUUUUGGGAAAGAGCUCAGAAGUUGCUAGGGAUUUCUCAGCCUCAUUAAAAUCCAAACAAGUUGGAAAACAAUACAUUGCUGUGGCUGAAGGAAUAUGUCCAACUGAGGGUUUAUUCAAAGUAGAUUAUCCACUCAUGGAAAUUGAUCCAUUGUUGGGCAUUUGGAGAGCAGUACAUUCUGAGGAAUCGAAAGAAUUUAUCAAGAAACAUUACCUUCAUCACACUCCAUUGGAUUGGAAUAAUGUCAAGGAGGCUGAAACUCUUUUCCAAGUACUUUACAGAGAUUAUGCAAGUAAUAGAACUGUAUUUUUAUGUCAACCAGUAAGUUUUAUUAUCUGA